AUGAAUUGCGAGGAGUAUGGAGCCUGUGCCCUGUGCACCCUUGUCCUGGUAUACUCGCUGGCUUUUGGCUGUCUGGCUGUCAUCGGCAACGUUGAGACGACGGACGAAUCGGCGGCGCAUUUCUCACCUCGUAGGCGCAAGGUCCGUUCGUACCCUCGUACCCCCGACAUCUCCGCUUUCGGCGAACCCACGGCCCUGCCUGUCCUUGCGUCAAUCCGAGCCAGCCCCCGAUCCCCGCACUCGCCCUCUUGCUCUAUCGUCAUCGUGCUUCCUGCGAGAGCGCCUAUUCGUUUCUGCACGCCGCCGGGCUGUUGA